GACAAGACAAACCGAAGAGCAGAGCAGAGAGAGCGCCGCGACCGCGAGAGUCCAACCCCCACCUACUCGCCCUUCCCCGAGCGGAACCGCCGUGAUCCGGCGAUGUCGUCGUGGCUGCGGAGCGCGGUGAGCAAGGCCGUCGAGGCGGGCGGCCGCAGCGGCGUCACCCGCGCCGUGCUGGGCUACGCCGACGCCGUCGCCCACCACGCUGGCCAGGCCGUCGCCGAGGGCACCAAGAUCCUCAACGACCGCAUGAGCAUGCAGAACUACAAAAGCGUCAAGCAGACAGUGAAGCGCUUGGAGGAGGCGGCAGUCUCAGCACGCGGGGACGAGAGGGUUCAGGUGCUCAGGCGCUGGCUCAGGGCGCUUCAAGAGAUCGAGGCUGCACUCGGAGGUUCGGAAAGGAGCGUCACGCAGAAUGCCCCUUCAAACGAACCGAACAUACGGAAAACGCCAUUAGCGAGAGUUUUGUUUUAUGAUGCUGACGUUGGAGGAGCUCCUAUGAACUUCCGAGAUGUAUUCCUCUAUAGCCAAGCACUUGAGGGCAUUACAUUGUCCAUGGUUCUUGAAGCUCCUAGUGAAGAAGAGGUCUCCCUACUUUUGGAAAUUUUUGGUAUAUGUCUUACAGGAGGGAAAGAAAUCAAUAAUGCAAUUAUUAGCAGUAUACAAGACUUGGCAAAAUCAUUCUCUGUUUACCAGGAUGAAGUUCUGGUGAAACGUGAAGAGCUGCUUCAGUUUACCCAAAGUGCUAUUUCAGGACUAAAGAGGAGUGCUGACAUUGUGAGGAUAGAUGCUGAAGCCAUAGAGUUGUGGAAGAAACUAGAUGAGAAGGAGGCAUCGCGAGUUCAAUCAACUCAAGGUCCAGAAAAAGUGUCAGAAAAUACUGCUGCUGCGAUCGUUGAGUCUUUUAAAGAAGCACUCACUGAAGUCCGGUUCUGCUCUAGAAUGGAAGAUCUUCUCCUGAAGAAAAGAUCAAUUAAUGCUGGGGAUUCCCCAGAGGUCCAUUUCCAAAAGGUUGACAAACUGAAGGUCUUAGCAUCUUCCCUUGCUAAUUCAUCCUCCAAGGCAGAGAAGCGUAUUGCGGAUCACAGACGCCAGAAAGAGGAGGCUCUUAACUUUCGUGCCAAAAAGGAGAAUGAAGUGACUGCAGUUGAAAAAGACUUGACUGCUGAGAUUUCUGAAUUGGAGAAACAAAGGGAUGAACUCGAGGCUCAGUUGAAGAAGGUCAAUAUUUCAUUAAAUGCUGCUGUUGGACGGCUCAAGCUAACGAGAGAAGAGAGGGAUCAAUUUGAUGAAGCAAACAAUCAGAUGAUCUUUAGUCUAAAAGCAAAGGAAAAUGAACUUUCAAAAACUAUUGCCUCGUGUAAUGUGGAGGCUGGUGUAGUCAAGACUUGGAUCAAUUUCCUUGAGGAUACUUGGCAGCUUCAGUCGUCAUAUGAUGAACAGAAUGAAAAGAAAGCAAAUGAUGAGCUAGAGAGAUGCACAAGCAAUUUUAUGAAGUUGACAAAAUAUCACCUUUCUACAUUCAAGGAAGUUCUGAGGCCAUCAAUUGAGCGGAUCCACACAUUUGUAGAUAAUUUGGCAGUCUUAAAUUCAAGGGAUGAAUCAACGGAACUUGAAAAUGAAGAGGUAUCAGAAAAGACAAGCCCACAGAAAUCCCUUGAGGAGGAAUACUUGGAAACUGAAAAAAAGAUCGUAAUUGCCUUCAGCAUCACUGAUCACAUGAAGAAGCUGUUUUACUCUGAACAAGGGGCCGGUUCUAGGAGAGAUGAUCCAGAGAUUGGGAGCUUAUUUUCUGAGAUAGAGAAACUGAGAGAGGCAUUCGAUUCUAUAGAAAGGCCAACGCUAGACAUCGAAGUCCGCAGAGCAAAGGUGCCAACGAAGGAGAGACCCGAAUCGAGUUCCUCGCCUGUGCAGGCACCCUCUACGCCUGAAGCUGCACCCGUGGUCUCUCCAAAAUCUCCAGUGAAAUCUGAGCAGAUACCGCAUCCGGAGCUUGCAGAGUUGGAGCUAGAAUUUGGUAAAUCCGGCAGGUACUCCCACGAAGAUAUAAGCGGGUGGGAGUUCGACGAGCUUGAGGAGGAGCUGAGAGCCGACAUAUCCAAAUCAAGCAGUACAAAAUAACCACUUGCAUCCUGCAGACACCACCGAGAUGUAUACUAUGUUGCUGACACUGCACAUUGCCGAACACCCGAAUGUACAUAAUGCUGUUUUAUCAUGUCUGAUCCAUUGCUCUGUUCUUUCUGUAUGUGAGAGAUGCAAAUAUGUAACAGUGCCGUUGACAAGUCAUUUGUUAUUUGUUUGUUCUUGUCAUGGACAUUUAUGUAUAAAGAAACAGAAAAUGCACUUAACAUUUCCAAGCAAUCCCAUGUAUAUGUAUUUUAGAUUUCUGAAGCAUGGAUGAGUAA